GUCUGCCAUCUCCAACUGUAUUUAUAGUCAGAGAAUUCUUGCAGGUCUAUAUCUGGUCUCCUGGCUCCAUAGCACGUUCAUAUCUGUUGUCUAAGGUUUGGUAACCCGUCAAGAUGCGCCUUGUACUGAUUCCACUUCUGGUGCUGGUGGCCACUGUGAGAGCAGAGACCGAUGUCAACGAUGAGGCGGUGGAGCUGAACCGUCGUCUUUUGGAUCAAUUAUUGGGUGGAUUAUUGGGUGGCGGUAGUGGCGGAGGUCUUCUGGGUGGAUUAUUGGGCGGCGAAGGAGGUCUUCUGGGUGGAUUAUUGGGCGGCGAAGGAGGUCUUCUGGGUGGAUUAUUGGGCGGUGGUAAUAAAACAAGUCUUCUCGGUGGAUUAUUAGGCGGAGACGGAGGUCUUCUUGGUGGAGUAUUGGGAGAGAAAGGUCUGUUAGGCAGCCUGUUAGGUCCAAAUGGUCCCGUUGGAGGUAUUUUAAAUAGUUUGGUUGGACCUUUAGUGGAUCAGCUGUUGGGACCAAAGGGGCUGUUGGCUGGGCUUGGGUUGAACAAAGGGCUUGUGGGAAAUCUCGUCAAAACCCUGUCCCAAACACUCGGUCUGGACGUGGGCGAGAUCCUGGAAAUCGUCGGGAAAAUCCUGUGCUUGAUUAAAAAACUCGGCCUGGGUGUCGUCAUUCAGCUGGUCAAGAUCCUACAGCUGGACGUCCUGUUGUCCCUGAACAAUUUCCUCUGUAACGCCAACGGCUCCCGUCUGUUUGAUCUCAACGUCGUCGUCAACGGAACGGCGCAGAUUGGCGGCAUCGACUGUCUCUUGAACACAGUGACCAGCGUUGUAGGCUUGGACUACCUGCUCCCCUCUGUCAAAAGUAUCCUUGGUACUGGGCUGAACGAGAAGUGCAAGACGCCCGCUGGGAACUCCCUCAUCAAGGGGGUCUUCGAUCUCUUAGGCAAUGUCCUCAACCCGGAACUAGUGAAGAGAGUUGUCGUUCUACUCAACGCUGUCGAUUUAACUGACCUGACGGUAUCUGUUCCUAAAAUUCUAAAAGCUCUCGAAUGUCUGUUAGAAUACUUCGGCGUCGGUCUAAAAUUAGAUUUCCUUUUGAACCUCCUUAAUGUUGUUGGUCUCAAGGCCGUCAUCGGCGCCGAAGUCCAGUUUCUGCAACUCUACUAAUGCUGGUCUGAAAAGCCGAUGCUCUUCUGAAUUUAAACGCCACGUUUGGACUUGACGUGGUCGGGGCUUUGGUCAAGAGCCUGGGGAUUAGCCCACUUCUGGAGAUUAUCACCAAGAUUACCAACGAGCUCGGGCAAAUCACGGUGCAAGUGUUGCAGGCGGUCUUGUGUCUGAUCAACAGCCUCGGUCUGAACUUUGUCCUUGACCUGUUCAAC